UCAGUCUCUUCUCUUCAGCUGCAGCCGGUUGGAAACGCAAGGCCGCCUCCGAACACAGGGCACUCUGAGACCAAAGAAGACCAGAGGGACUUUUCCCAAGUGCCACUAUGGAACAGUUGUCAUCAACAGACAGACCUGUGCAGAUCACUGUGACAGAUGGAUAUGACUUGAAAGGUUUUAAAGGAGAUACUCCAGUUACUUUUAUUCGUGCAGAAUUCAAUCAAGUGGUUUUGGGAGACUCUGCAAAAGUUACGGUUUCUCCAGAAGGAACUGCAAAAUACAACUUCACGAGCAGUUUUGAAUACAGUCCUGAAGGAGGAAUUACUUUAGAUGACCUUGCCCACAAACCUGUGUUCUUAACUAUGACUGAAGUUUUACCAAAGGAAAAGAAACAGAAAGAUGAGAAGACCUUAAUUCUUGGUCAGGCUGUGGUGGACCUUCUUCCUUUACUGGAAGGAGAGAGUUCAUUUGAAACAAUGGUCCCCUUGCACCCGGUGCCAGGCUCUCCUUUAGAACCUCUUCGGUCAGGUGUAAAGCAGUGCAGUCUUGAAGUUAAAGUGUUUGUGGCAGAACCCUUACUGACCACAGCGCAGAUCUUAGGAGGCAAUCUACUGAAAGUCACAUUGGAGGCUGCCUACUCUGUGCCUGAAUCUUUUGUUCCAGUAGGGCCUAUGCAAAACUACAUGGUUGGUCUGCAAGUUCCAUCAGCUGGAGAGAAAGACUAUCCCAUUUUGUUCAAGAAUGGAACUCUGAAGCUUGGAGGGGAAAGAGAACCUGUUCCCAGGCCCAAAAAAUGGCCAAUUGCCAACAUUCUGGCUCCAGGAGCUAAUUACAUUCCUGAUAGUUUCAUUGUUGGUGGGCCCUAUGAGGAAGAAGAAGGAGAACUCAACCGCCCCGAGGACAAGGAAUUUAGGAAUCAAGCAGAGAGCAUAAAGAAAAGGAUUAUUUGGGACUUGGAAAGUCGCUGCUACCUUGAUCCUCCUGCAGUGGUCAGUCUUCAGAAGCGAAUUGCUGAUUGUCGAUUUUGGCCUGUAGAGAUCACGAGAGUUCCUCUGACUACUGCACCCAAAGGGAAAGCUGCAAAAUUUGAUAAGGCUGAUGAUGAAGGUCAGCUUUCAUUUCAUGGUGUGGCUUAUGUUAAUAUGGUCCCAUUGCUGUAUCCGGGUGUGAAGAGGAUUCGGGGAGCUUUUCGUGUUUAUCCCUACCUAGACAGUACAGUCUAUGAAAAGACCAAAUGUUUAUUUAGCUUGUUCCGGGAUACUGGCCAUCUUUUGACUCAGAAUAAUAAAAUAGGAGGAUUUAAUUCUCCAUUGUCAAAACCUAUUGUUUCUAAGAACCUGAAAGAAGAGAAAACAGUCAAAGAAAAGGAAUUGGAAGGAAGGCUUAGGCCUGGGGAUUUGCAAGCACCUAGUAUAAAAUCUCAGAGCUCAGAUACUCCUUUGGAAGUUGAACCAUCUCCAAGCCACAAUCCAGAAGGACAGCAAUAUAUAGAAGCAGGGACAUACAUUGUGUUGGAGAUUCAGCUGGACAGAGCCUUGGUUCCAAAGCGAAUGCCAGAGGAGUUAGCCAAAAGGGUCAAGGAAAUGAUUCCUCCAAGGCCGCCUCUUACCCGUCGGACAGGAGGAGCUCAGAAGGCAGUGAGUGACUACCACAUGCAGAUCAAGAAUAUUUCUAGAGCUAUUCUGGAUGAGUAUCAUAGGAUGUUUGGAAAACAGGUGGCCAAACUGGGGAGUAACAUGGAUAGUGAAACCGUGGAGGAGCAGAAGUGCCUGCUCAGCUAUGAACUUAACUGCUCUGGAAAAUACUUCGCUUUCAAAGAACAGCUCAAGCAUGCUGUAGUAAAGAUUGUGAGGGAGAAGUAUUUGAAGACAACGCCAUUUGAAAGCCAGGAGGAACUGCAGACAUUUAUUAGUGAGCUCUAUGUGUUCUUGGUGGAUCAGAUGCAUGUGGCCUUAAACCAGACCAUGCCAGAUGAUAUCCAAGGUGCUGUUUCAACCAUCUAUACAAGCAGUGAACAGCUUCGACUCUUUGCAUUUGAAGCAGAAGUCAAUGAGAACUUUGAAAUGGCAGCAGUGUAUUAUGAAGAGGUAAUUAAAUGUCUUGCCAGUGGUAAUUGUUACUAUUAUUUGUAUAAUAUGGAUUUAAUCUAUUUAGGACCAGGAGCUCCAACAUCCAUUCCAGAUGACUUUCUUGAAGAAUCCUCCAAACUGCUUUCGGACUCACAAGAACACAUUUUACCCACACAAUCUCAGGAUCCAACUGUUCACCAAAAACCAUCCAAUAUACUUCUCAAGGAGAUACCAGUGAAGAAAGAAAUAUCAAAAUGUCAAGAUUCAUCAACCUUUUUGCAUGCUAGCCCUCAUGGUGUUUCCCAGACUCCUGCCACCAUCUUCAUGGAGACCAUACGUUUCUUGAUGAAAGUCAAUGCUGUCCAGUAUGUGCACAGGGUGCUUGCACAUGAGCUGUUAUGCCCUCAAGGAGGCCCCAGCUGCGAGUAUUACUUGGUGCUGGCCCAGACACACCUUCUCAAGAAGGACUUUGCCAAGGCAGAGGAAUACCUUCAACACGCAGCCCAGAUGGACUACCUGAACCCUAAUGUCUGGGGCGUGAAGGGCCAUCUCUAUUUUCUAAGUGGAAAUCAUGCUGAGGCCAAGGCAUGCUAUGAGCGAACCAUUAGUUUUGUAGUGGAUGCUUCUGAGAUGCACUUCAUCUUCCUGCGACUGGGACACAUCUAUCUGGAAGAGAAAGAGUAUGAAAAGGCAAAGAAAACCUACAUGCAAGCCUGUAAGAGAUCACCUUCAUGCCUUACCUGGCUAGGACUGGGAAUAGCCUGUUAUCGGCUGGAGGAGCUCACAGAGGCUGAGGAUGCUCUCUCUGAAGCCAAUGCGUUGAACAACUACAAUGCUGAAGUAUGGGCAUAUCUGGCUCUCGUCAGCCUGAAAGCUGGACGGCAAGUGGAAGCAGAGCAGGCCUAUAAGUACACAAUGAAGCUGAAACUAAAAGAUAAGGCUCUGCUUGCAGAAAUCCACAUGGUACAGGAGGCAGUUGGCUUUGGAAAUCCAUCUUUCUGACAUCCUUCCAGCUGAAGAACUGUGUGGAACUCUGAGCUCCUUUCCUUCCCAGAGAGAUUAAACCCCGGACAUUUCACCAUAUGAGGCCUGGGGAUGGAAAGUACCAUCCCCAUUCACUUAUUUCCAUUGGCUAAUUUACUGGAAGGCUGUUACUGGAUAUUUUACAGGUUGACAAUAAACUGGAUGACAAUAAAAAAUG